AUGAACUCAAGCCCUUGCACAGCAUGUAGCUGGACUACUGAACGCCAGAAGCACUGUAACUACGAAAGCUACCUCAAAUUGUUCUACGAAGCAGGCGACCGAGGCGUCUGGUCGAUGGGCUCAAAGUUGAUAUUAAAAGAUCGAGGUGCUAGCCUUCCGACGUGUGAGGUACCAAAUAUUCAAUUUGUGCGGGAGCAGACCUCUAUUCCUGUUCCCACUGUUGUCGAAUCUUGGGAGGAAGGCGAACACACUCUCAUAUUGAUGCGACGAAUCCCUGGCGAGCCUCUGAGCAAAGCUUGGUCAAAGCUUUCUACAGAUGAAAAGGAGAGGAUAGCAAAGCAGACCGCUGAGUAUCUACAGCAACUUCGGAAUCUCCAGUCUGAUAAAAUCCAAUCUCUCGGUGGCCGUCCAGUUUUUUCCAAUUUUCUGUUCAAAAAUAAGGGUUCUGAGCUUCCCCACGGUCCUCUCGCAUCUGAUAACGAUCUUUGGGCUGAUAUGGAGCGUGGGUUGAAAGAGACGAUCCCGGAGGCUGCGCGAGUACGACUUCGACAUUGCAUGCCAUCCGCUACGCCUUACACCUUUACGCAUGGCGACCUCACAAAUGUUAAUAUCAUGGUUGAGAACGGUUCACUUACUGGUAUCAUUGAUUGGGAGAUGUCUGGAUACUUUCCAGUAUGGUGGGAAUAUGUGUGCACUUCGGUCCCUGAUAGUGAGGAGGACAGAGAAUGGAAGGAGUUGUUACGAAAAUAUAUGCCUGAUUAUGGCGUCGCACGCGAGUUCUGGCUGGACUAUUAUUAUCUUUGCAGGGAUCUAGACAGUGAAAGAGCAAUGAAUUUCAUGGAAAAAACAAGGCUUGAGACCCAUGAAUGA